AGGGUUAAAGCCACCGGAUUCCCGGCUUCGCUGUCCUAGGGAAGGUUCAGUUGCGAAAACCACUUCCUUUCCUCCUCCUCCUCCUCCUGCUCCUUGGGAAAACUAAGCGGGGCACUGGGAGCAGCUCCAAUUGUACAGAACAUCCCGUUUUGCUGGCCUGGAGUCCAGUUGCUGGCCUGGUGACGCUAAGCACAGCGGCAAUGAAAGUUGCUCUGGGGCAAGAGCAUCGCCUGGACCCGUUCACAGCUGCACUUCAGCCCCAGGAGAAAACAGAUGCGAUACGGAAGCGGGCAGGAGCAGGCCGUCGCCAUGUUGAGUUUGGGAGCCGUGGGGCAUUCUGGGAAAGCUUGGGUCAGGGGAACCUGAGCAAGGAGGGUGGCAACUUGGAUGUACACCGCCAGCGCUUCAGGGGUUUCUGCUAUCAUGAGGCCGAGGGGCCACGGGAGGUUUGCAGCCAGCUUCAUAUCCUUUGCCGUCAGUGGCUGAAGCCGGAGCAGCACACAAAAACUCAGAUCCUUGACUUGGUGGUCCUGGAGCAGUUCCUGGCCAUCCUCCCGCUGGAGAUGGAGAACUGGGUCAGAGAGAGUGGAGUAGAGACCAUUUCCCAGGCUGUCGCUCUGGCAGAACGUUUCCUCCUGAGCCAAGCAGAGGACAAGAAACGCGGAGAGAAGCAGGUGCAGGAGCCCUACUUGGAGGGACUCACUCCUUCCCCCAAACCUGAGCAGGAUACAUCACUGAUUGCCCAUCGGAAAGACCUCCUGAUGGCGAUGGAGGAGGCUCCGUCGCAGAACAUGCCAUUGGGCAAUGGAAUGACAUCACCGCUACUUCCCAAAAUGUCUCCUCCGUGGGGUGGGGCAGAAACAGCAGCUGCACAAGCAGCUCAGGGCCCAGUGUCCUUCAGAGAAUUGGCCAUGGAUUUCACAGACCCAGAUCCAAAAACUCUGUGCAGGGAAAUCACAGAGGAAGAUUUCGGGAACUGUUUGGGUGAGAACUGGGAUGGUAAAGCUGAUGAAGGACUGUAUGAGAAAAUCCAAUUUCAGGAGAUCGAUGUGAACAUGGUGAGCCAAAAUGGACCUAAAACACAGGAGGGAAGCCAAAUGGAGAGGUGGAAAUCUUCCCAGGGUAGUAACUUCCAUGAAAUUAAAAUUCCGCAAGAAAAGGGAACCAGAAGGAAUGUCUGCCCAGCCUUUGGGAAGAGUUUGAAUCACAAAUCGGACCUUAAUGUCCACUGGAGAAUUCAUACUGAGGAAAAACCAUAUAAAUGCUUGGAAUGUGGAAAAAAUUUCAGCCAGAGCACACACCUUAGGUUACAUCAAAGAAUCCACACCGGAGAGAAACCAUAUAAAUGCUUAGUAUGUGGGAAAAGCUUCCAUCGGAGUUUCAUCCUUACUGCCCAUCAAAGAAUGCACAAAGGAGAGAAACCCUAUAAUUGCUCAGAGUGUAGCAAGAGCUUCUAUGAUAGAUCACAUCUCAUUAGCCACCAAAGAACUCACACUGGGGAGAAGCCGUAUAAGUGUCUGGAGUGUGGAAAGAACUUCAGUCACAAGGUAAACCUUACUUCUCAUCAAAGAAUUCACACGGGAGAGAAACCCUAUAACUGUUCAGAGUGUGGCAAGAGCUUUUGUGACAAACAGAACCUUCUUAGACACCAAAGAAUCCAUACAGGAGAGAAACCAUACAAAUGCUUGGAGUGUGGAAAGAACUUUAGGCAGCGAGCAACCCUUACUUCACAUCAAAGAGUCCACACAGGGGAGAGACCGUAUCAAUGUACAGAGUGUGGAAAGAGCUUUUAUAGAAAAGCAGACCUAAAUAGACAUCUGAGGACUCACAGUGGAGAGCUACCAUUUAAAUGCUUAGAAUGUGGAAAGUGUUUCAGCUGGAGGAUACAUCUCAUUGUACAUCAAAGAACGCACACAGGAGUGAAACCAUUUAAAUGCUCAGAAUGUGGAAAGAGCUUCAGUCACAGCAGUACCCUGACUUAUCAUAAAAAAACACACACAGGUGAAAAGCCAUUUAAAUGUUCAGAGUGUGAAAAGAGUUUCAGCCAUAGUGGUAGCCUUAGUUCACAUCAAAGAAUACACACAGGGGAGAAACCAUACCAAUGCUCAGUUUGCGGAAAGAGCUUCAGUCAGAGUGGUAGCCUUACUAAUCAUCAGAGAAUCCAUACAGGUGAGAAACCAUACAAAUGCCCUCAAUGUGGGAAGAGUUUCAGUCGGAGCAGUAUCCUUAGUGAUCAUCAAAGAGUACACACAGGUGAGAAACCUUACCAGUGUUCAGUGUGUGGAAAGAGUUUCAGCCAUAGUGGUAGCUUUACUUAUCAUCAAAGAAGCCACACAGGAGAGAAACCAUAUAAAUGCCCAGAGUGUGGAAAAAGCUUCAGUCGAAGUGGUAACCUUACUUCACAUCAAAGAAUGCACAGGUGGGAGAAACCUUAUACGUGUUCAGUGUGUGGAAAGAGCUUCAGCCAGAGUGGUAGCCUUAAUUCCCACCUAAAAACCCACACAGGGGAGAAGCCAUACAAAUGCUCUGAAUGUGGAAAGAGCUUCAGACAGAGUGGCAGUGUUAUUUCUCAUUUAAAAACCCACACAGGGGAGAAACCCUAUAGAUGUUCAGAGUGUGGAAAGAGCUUCAGGCAGAGAGGUAGCCUUACUUCCCAUCAAAAAACACACACAGGGGAGAAGCCAUAUAUAUGCUCAGAGUGUGGAAAGUGCUUCAGCCGGAGAGGUAGCCUUACUUCUCAUCAGAGAACCCACAAGGAUGAAAAGCAGUUUAAAUGUUCGGAGUGUGGAAAGAGCUUUGCUUCUAGUCAAUACCUCGAUUUACAUUACAGCAUCCACAGUGGGGAGUGUGACAACAGCUUGAGUCAGCUCAGUAGCCUCAGUUAUCAUCAAAUCAUCUACACAAAGGAGGAAGACAUACAAUUGUUCAGGGCUGAAAUGGAUCCCAUCAGAAGGUGAUGAAUUCAAGUAGUCAAGGGU